UGACUGAGGUCAGUGGGCGGAGCUGCUGCUUGGAGACGGCGGGAUCUCCUUCGCCAUGGCUGCCGGGCCGAUAUCUGAGCGGAACCAGGAUGCUACCGUGUACGUGGGGGGCCUGGAUGAGAAGGUUAGUGAACCACUGCUGUGGGAGCUGUUUCUCCAGGCGGGGCCAGUGGUCAAUACCCAUAUGCCAAAGGAUAGAGUCACUGGCCAGCAUCAAGGCUAUGGUUUUGUGGAAUUCUUGAGUGAGGAAGAUGCUGACUAUGCCAUUAAGAUCAUGAACAUGAUCAAACUCUAUGGGAAGCCAAUACGGGUGAAUAAGGCAUCAGCUCACAACAAAAAUCUGGAUGUAGGGGCCAACAUUUUCAUUGGGAACUUGGACCCAGAGAUUGAUGAGAAGCUGCUUUAUGAUACGUUCAGCGCCUUUGGGGUUAUCUUACAAACCCCCAAGAUUAUGAGGGACCCUGACACAGGCAACUCCAAGGGUUAUGCCUUUAUUAAUUUUGCUUCGUUUGAUGCAUCGGAUGCAGCGAUUGAGGCCAUGAAUGGGCAGUACCUCUGUAACCGCCCUAUCACUGUGUCCUAUGCCUUCAAGAAGGACUCUAAGGGUGAGCGCCAUGGCUCAGCAGCUGAACGACUUCUGGCAGCGCAGAACCCACUUUCCCAGGCUGACCGCCCUCACCAGCUGUUUGCAGAUGCACCCCCUCCACCCUCUGCCCCCAAUCCUGUGGUAUCAUCACUGGGGUCUGGGCUUCCUCCACCAGGCAUGCCUCCCCCUGGCUCCUUCCCACCCCCAGUACCGCCUCCUGGAGCCCUUCCACCUGGGAUACCCCCAGCCAUGCCCCCACCACCUAUGCCUCCUGGAGCUGGAGGACAUGGCCCCCCAUCAGCAGGAACCCCAGGGGCUGGACAUCCUGGACAUGGACACUCACAUCCCCAUCCAUUCCCACCAGGUGGGAUGCCUCAUCCAGGGAUGUCUCAGAUGCAGCUCGCCCACCAUGGCCCUCAUGGCUUAGGACACCCCCAUGCUGGGCCUCCAGGCUCUGGGGGGCAACCACCACCCCGACCACCACCUGGAAUGCCUCAUCCUGGACCCCCUCCAAUGGGCAUGCCCCCCCGAGGGCCUCCAUUCGGAUCUCCCAUGGGUCACCCAGGUCCCAUGCCCCCACAUGGUAUGCGUGGACCUCCUCCACUGAUGCCCCCUCAUGGAUACACUGGCCCUCCACGGCCUCCACCCUAUGGUUACCAGCGGGGUCCCCUCCCUCCACCCAGACCCACUCCCCGGCCUCCAGUUCCCCCUCGUGGCCCACUUCGGGGCCCUCUCCCUCAGUAAAUUCUCCUUCCUGUUACGUCCUCCUGAUAUGUUUUCAGUUCCUUGGACCAGAGUUGCCAUUGCUCCCUGGGGCUAAGGCACUAAUGCCCCUCAGGCCUUUUUUUUAAAGUGUAAUUUUUUCCAUAGGAGGUGCUUUUUUUUUUUUCUAUAUUGGUCCCAACUGUUUUGCAAAAUGCAAAGAGAAAAUAAAACUAAAUUCCUUGUU